AUGACUUUCUUUUUCUUUCAGUCUCCAAAACCUAAAGCUCGAGGCAAACCCAAGAAAACUCCAGCAAAAAAACAGAAAACCCCAAAAAAACCUGCCAAGAAGAGAAGCCGUAAAGAAGAUUCAGACUCGGAUUCGGAGAGCAGCGAGGACCCAGAGCCCCAGAGGAAGAAGCCCAAACCUGCGGCGAGGACAAAGAAAGCGGACAGCAGCAGCAACAGCAAAACUCCCCCAGUGAAGGACAGCUCUGACGAAGACAAGCCUCUGAGCAAAAUGAUGAUGAAGAAGAAUCCAAGUGACGACCAACUGACGGAAACAGUGAAGAGUUUACUGAAGGAGGCAGAUCUAGAGGAGCUGACCAUGAAGCAGAUCUGUCAGAAGGUGUUUGAUGUGUACUCUGACCACGACUUGAGCAGCAGAAAGGACUUCAUCAAACAGACUGUCAGAUCGCUGAUCACAUGA